AUGCAGCCGCACAGGUACGAUCCUGAGUGCGAGGAGCCAGUGCGGAAGGCUACCCACAGCGCAGUGCUGCUUGUUAGCCGCUCCUGGAAGGUGAACUCGGGGACUGAGAAGAUGAGCAGCUGUGGCUGGAGAUAUAGGAAUAAAAAGGGCAAGCACCCUGUGCCCCGCGGCAGCUUUGCGCCACACCCCCAGCAGACACCCUUGCAGAGGCCACUGUCUGUGCCCCGGGAGCCAGGCUCCGGCUCCUUACACGGCCCGGCGGUAAACACAGGCCCCUGUGGAGCCCACGGCCUCAGCGUGGAGCGGCCGGACCGCCUGCUGCACUAUGCUGACUCCCUCGCACGGUCACGCUCCACACGGGGCCGUCGGGAGCCUGCUGCCCCACCCCGUGACUCCCCAUCUCCGGCCCUCCCUCAGACACAAGCCUCCCGGCGCAGCCCACCCUGCCAAGGCACCCGGGAGACAGCUGUCCAGCCACCUCCCCCACUUGGCCCUGUGCGCACCCCUGAGCUCCUGCCCCUGCUCACAGACAUGGUGUCACCCGCUUCCACAGCGCCCUCUGGCUUCCCAGCCCCUCCUGCGCCCUCAGGUCCCCAGUCUCGUCCAGGGUGCGGGGGUCAGCUCUCAGCCCUCACCACACGGACCCCUCGGCUGCCCCACUCUCCCCACUCCCUGGCCGCCGCUCAGGGUCCCUCCGCGUGUCCUGUCCUCCCCCUACCUCUGGUGUCCCGGGCUGGCUUCAUCCCUGGGGGCGUCCGCGUGGCUCUGUGGCUUGAGGGUCUGACCCGAGGGUUCAGCUCAGGCCAGGGUCUGCGGGUCGCGGGGCCGGGCCCCGCGGCGGGCUUCCCGCUCAGCGCUCGCGGGCGACGCUCUCUCCGCCCCGCCCCUCCGCGCCCACGCAUGCGUGCUCGUGCGCUCGCGCCAGAACGUCGGGUAAUAGCGGGAACCGGCAGACAGACCAGCGCUCCACGGCUGCCCCCGCGGCGGGCCACACCCCGCCGCGGCGCCCACCAGCUCCUCGCGCCUGCUCGGGUCACAGGCACGACCUGGACCGUGACCGUCCUCGCGGCGGCCCCACCUCCGGACGACGCCAGGGCACCCCUCGGGUCGCCGAGCCCAGAGUCCGGGGGCCCCCCGGCCUCCUCCGUUGCUGCCCCUCCGUGA